AUGUCCUCACCCCAUUAUCGGUUACGCUCUGGUCGUUUGCACGGAGGACCUUCUCUGUCCAUCCACGAGCGACCUGGUUCGCUCAGAAGUGAAGGUUACCCCAAUCGACGGUCAAUCUUGAACCCUGUUUCUACCGAUCCCAGUUGGUACUUGUCAGAUUCCGAAUGGGAUACUACAGGAGACGAUCAGUUGCCCGAAUUCGAAUCCCAUUACCCGAUCUCACACUUAUCGAACGACCACCGUUUACCACUCUACGAUCGAGAAUCACAUGAUCACUACGAUCGCGGAACGUUGCGUCGAAAAGUUCAUAAGCAUUGGGCCAAUGCGGACUACUUCAACCCGUCUGUUUCCUCUCGACAGGAUUCAUUCGAUGGUUCUUCUCCAGAGACUGGUUUACAUCUACGCUCCUAUCCACGAAUGAUGGUGAUGCGUGAUGAAUUGGUUGAUCCCAGCGUGUUUUCGGACUCAUCUGCGGGUGGUGGCUGGGAUCGCCCAGACAGACCGCAUCGUUCUGGACACUCCCCACCGGGAAUAGCGAAACCUCUGCGUGAGUAA